CAACAGAGCAAAGAGGUUCUCUUCAUAGAAUCAGGAAAACUACACAACUCUGACCGGAAACUAUUCAAACACUAUCUGAAAAUGGAAGCAGAUAAGCAGAAAGUACAGACUGAGAAGGUUCAGGUCACAGACCGUGAUCUGUCUGAGCAGAUAAAGGCUGUGACUAAAGACAGCCACGUCCGAGCCGAGAACACAGAAGUGAUGCUGGCCUUCCAGAGAGGAAACAUCAGCCUGCAACAGUAUAAGCUCCUGUUGUGCUCCUUGUAUAAGAUCUACGAAGCUCUGGAAGAGGAACUGGACAGGAACGCCUCCCACGACAGCGUCGCACCAAUUUACUUCCCUCAGGAACUGGCCAGGAUGGAGACACUCAAGAAAGAUCUGGAGCACUUUUAUGGUCAGGACUGGAGAGAGAAGAUGACCGUUCCGGCUGCUACACUGAGAUACGCUCAGAGAUUGAGAGAGAUUGGUAGCGAGCAUCCUGAAUACCUCGUGGCUCACGCUUACACUCGCUACUUAGGUGACCUGUCAGGUGGCCAGGUGUUGGGCCGAAUUACCCAGAAGUCUUUAGGACUGAAGAACGGAGAGGGCUUGGCGUUCUUCACGUUUCCCGCCGUCAGCAGCCCGAAUCUGUUCAAGCAGCUGUACAGAAGCAGGAUGAACAGCAUCGAGCUGACGGAGACGCAGAGGGAGGGAGUGCUGGAGGAAGCCGUCAGAGCCUUCGAGCUCAACAUCCAGGUGUUUGAUGAACUCCAGAACUUGGUGAACAUCUCAGAGAAGAAUGAGUUGAGGCAGAGACAUAAAGAACACAACCUCAAGACUCCAGAUGUCAGAGUGAGCCAGAGCUCAGCGCCAUCCUCCUCACUGUCGUCUCCGUCUCAGCUGCUCAGGAUGCUGCUCGGAGUGUGUUUAGCUCUGGCAGUCGGAAUGGGAAUGUAUGCAUUUUAAAUAUUACGGCUGUGUAACAUGUACAAUACUGUAUAGUCUGCAAAUGUAGAUAAAGUUACGAGUUGAGGUGAAAUUCCCAGAUCACAGGAAACAUCUCAGUACACUUCCAGAAUGCACUUUUAUGAUAGGAAUAUUCUGGUUCUGUUUUGCACACUGUGUAAUUAUUAUUAUUGUUGGACUUGUCGAUUGAUGAUUUCUUAAUGAGAGGAUCAAGAAGAUAAUUGUUCAGACACACUGUAUUACCGGGCUUAUGUUCUGUACUGAAUACAGCAAUCCAUGGGUAAAUGUAAGUAAAAUGUUCAAUACUUGUAAAUAUUUGCAGAAUAUUAAAAUGUACAUAUUUUGCCGAUUUUUAUCCUUUUUUAAAUAAAUUAAAAUUAAACA